UUAUAAUUAAAAGUUAAAUUUAAAUUUGUAUGCAGCAAAUUAUUAAAAAAAAAAAAAAAAAAGGUUAGAUUGGGGAUUUUUGGUGUAAAUAGGGAUAUAGUCCGCCGUGCCUACGGUUCCAACUAAAAGUCCGAAGACUUUCUCUUCCACCAAAACACCCCCCAAAACCAACAUUGAUCCAACUAUCGAACACCGAUGGCCGAGAACCAAAGACCCACAAACAUUCUCGACUCUUUAGGGGAGGAGAUUGUCAGAAUUGUCACUCCAGUCUCAAUAUGCAUGUUCAUGGUGGUCAUUUUGGUCUCCGUUCUCAGCUCGGAUACUUCUUCCUCUGCCAGCUUCAGUACAAUGGCCACCAUGGCAUACACAGAAGUGAGCUCAGAUUCCUCCUGGGACAAAUUCGUAGGUGCCCUUUUGAACUCUCUUGUGUUUGUGGCAGUUGUUACUGUUGUCACCUUCGUGUUGGUCCUCCUUUUCUAUCUAAGAUGUACUAGAUUUUUGAAAUUCUACAUGGGUUUCUCUUCUUUUCUUGUUUUGAUGUUUAUGGGUGGUCAAAUAGCUGUUUUUCUGCUCCAAGAUUUUAGUAUCCCUAUAGAUUGUGUCACAUUUUUAGUAGUUUUGUUUAAUUUUGCUGUGGUGGGUGUUUUAGCUGUUUUCAUGUCAAAAAUGGCAAUUUUUGUGACACAAGGAUAUUUAGUUGUCAUUGGAAUGCUGGUUGCUUAUUGGUUUACUCUUUUACCUGAAUGGACUACUUGGGCGCUCUUAGUUGCUAUGUCACUUUAUGAUCUUGCUGCGGUUUUGCUGCCUGUUGGGCCAUUAAGAAUCUUAGUUGAGCUUGCAAUAUCUAGAGAUGAGGAUAUUCCUGCUUUGGUGUAUGAGGCCCGGCCGGUGACUCAUGAUGAUUCUGGUUUAAAUGGUCGUGUGGUUCAUAGAAGGGUAUGGAGAGAUAGAAGGAAUGACAUUUCAAGUAGUGGGGAUGAUUCCAAUAUAAGCACAAAUUCUGUUUUGGUUGGAAAUGAGAGUGAGAAUCAUCGGAUAAAUUCCAGUUUGAAUGUGAGUGAGAGUCAUGAGAUUUCAGAUUCCAAUUCAAAUCUCAGUCAACAUAAUGUUACAAGCUUGGUGCGAGCUGAAGAGGGGCAGGUGGUAGACAUAAAUUCAGAGCUUGUUGUUCCAUUACUUCAGCAAAGAAUAAACGUCCCACGUAUUGCUCAGGAAGAAAAUGGUGCCACAGUUGAGAAUUUAGUGUUGGAGGGAAUUGGGUUGGCUUCAUCUGGUGCAAUCAAGCUGGGCUUAGGAGACUUCAUCUUCUACAGUGUGUUGGUAGGGAGGGCAGCAAUGUACGAUUUUAUGACAGUUUAUGCGUGUUAUCUUGCAAUUGUGGCUGGUCUGGGUAUCACUUUGGUGCUAUUGGCUGUAUACCAGAAAGCUUUGCCAGCUCUUCCAGUGUCUGUACUACUGGGUGUAUUAUUUUACUUCUUGACCCGGUUUCUGCUUGAAGCUUUCGUUGUAGGAUGUUCUUUGAAUCUCUUGAUGUUCUAGAUAUAUGAACAGUUUUAUUGACGUUUGAUGCUGAAAGCAAAAAUUAUCAUAUUGUGAAACUGAUGAUUAAGUCUUGCAACCUAUACAACUUUGUAUCAGUUGCUUUCAUAUUAUAUAUAGAUUUUAUUUAGUCUACUAGGUUUUCUAACGUUGUCAAAUUUAUUAAAGUCAACAACUUUGAGACUCUCUGUUUCAACAACCAGAGAAUGAAUGUUUCAUUCUCCAGAGACUGAUUUAGAAACCAAUGACAGCGGAAGCUACUGGGUAAUUGGAGGAAAUGAGACUUGUUUGAUUGCACAUAGUUUUAUUUAAUUGUAGUGCUGCUGCUAGUUAUAAGCAUGUGAAGAAGCAACAAGGAGACAAUCCGCGGGUUCCGUUUAUGAAAACUUGGGACAAGGAAUAAGGACCUUGAGCACCUUAUUGUUCUUGUUUAACUAUUCACCUCUCAGAAGUAAGAAUGCAGACAUAUAAAGCUCUAAUCUAUAUUAGCAUGUCAUUUAUACUGGAUAUGUACAUCUAUAUUAGCAUGUCAUUUAUACUGGAUAUGUACCAGUCCACAAGAUAUUGAUUGUUCUAGCUGCCAAUGCAUGUUAAGAGGUAUUUUCCUUA